AACCGUUUAAAUGUCGGUCGGCCCUCUUAGGCGUCAGUCGUCAGUCGUCGAACAUAAUAUCGCAACUUUUGCCGGUCCGUUUGGCUAGAUAGGUCCACGUGAAUAAUAUCUUUAUAAUAAUAUUAUAACGUAACCCUGGUCGGUGUCCGCAGCGAUCGUGUGUGGCGAUAUUGUACAUUUUCUUCGAGGAUUUCUAUAAUGGUAAUAGUUUAAUUUUCCGGAAAUAAAGACGGGUACGAUUACGAAUCAUACGAAGGAAAAUUAUUAAUACACGUGACAUUCCCAUGCAGUGGUGAUGUCAACGUUAUUGUUGAAAUACGUAUUUUCAGUGUCCGGCGACGAGUUCCACGGCGGCGGAGCCAUGUCCGACAACGACGACGAGUCGGCAACCACACCGUGGAACGCCACCGCCACCGCGGCCGCCGCGCAAUGGAACGCCACCGGUUCCGCGGACGGGCUGUACUGUCACGCCGACGGCUCGGCCGCGUUCCAGACGCUCGUCUACCUCACGUACACCGCCGUGUUCGUCGUAUCGCUGGUCGGCAACGGUCUGGUGUGCUACGUGGUCGUGUUCUCUGCGCAGAUGCACUCGGUCACCAACUUGUUCAUCAUGAACAUGGCCGUCGGCGACCUGCUCAUGACGCUCUUCUGCGUCCCGUUCUCGUUCGUCGCCACGCUGCUGUUACAGUACUGGCCGUUCGGCAGCGACCUGUGCCACACCGUCAGCUUCGCUCAGGCUGUCGCCGUGCUGGUGAGUGCAUACACAUUGGUAGCCAUUAGCGUCGAUAGGUAUAUUGCAAUUAUGUGGCCACUGAAACCAAGAGCCAGCAGACAUCAGGCCAAAUACAUAAUAGCAUUAGUUUGGACUGUGGCCGUGAUCACAGCGUUUCCUAUACUUCUAGUUACGACAUUGGAACAGCCAUCAAGUUGGCAUGAGCAAUGCGGACUCUAUAUUUGCAACGAGAACUGGUCAAGUGAGAACGUCCGGCAUUACUAUAAUGUAGCAUUGUUGGUGCUUCAGUAUUGCAUACCAUUCGCCGUUCUGCUAUUUACAUAUGUCAACAUCGGGGUGGUUGUAUGGGGCAAAAGGACUCCGGGCGAAGCACAGAAUUCCAGGGAUGUUAGAAUGGCUAAGUCGAAGAGAAAAAUGAUUAAAAUGAUGGUAACUGUGGUAAUAGCGUUCACGGUUUGUUGGCUGCCGUAUAAUAUACUUCUGAUUCUGUGGGACCACGAACCCUCGCUGAGCACGUGGAGCAGCCUGCCGUACGUCUGGUUCCUGUUCCACUGGCUGGCCAUGUCGCACACGUGCUACAACCCGCUGAUCUACUGCUGGAUGAACACGCGGUACCGGACCGGGUUCGCGGCCGUGCUGCGCAACGUGCCCGGGUUCGGCCGGUGCUUGGGCGGCUACUUGCGGGCCACACAACACCAGUCGCACCACUACAACAGCCACAACGAUCCCAGUCAAGCAGACGGCCUGCACCGGAUCAACACAACGUCGUCGUUCGUGUCGGUCAAGUCACGGCUCAAGUCGUUCAACGGGCGACCCGCGGCGUACGGCCGAAGCCGCCAGAACUGGCACGAGGAAAGGCUCUGAACACCGGAACCGUUCCAUGCGGCAACGUCGACGACGGUCGGAUACCGGAAAAAACGCCGUUGUCGCUGCGCGGUUUCGUCGGUGGGCAGUCGACAAACAUAAGCCGCACACUUCAUGUAUUUUGAAUCGUUUCGUUCGACAUACACUAGACGACACUUGGCAAUCAUACAGGUGUAUGGAGGGAGGGGUUGUGCAGAAAAUAACCACAGUUAGAGAUACCCCUCUCCCCCUAAAACAGUGAUUUGUUUAUCAUUUUAUACAUUUUCAAAUCGCUAUUUUUCUAGAACACUAACUAUAAAUGUGUCUGCAAAAGUGUAAAAUAAAUGCUCAUUAAUUCCCAGUUUAUAAUGAUAAAACCAUAGAAAUAAAACAAUUUUAGCUAAUUUUAUCUUAAACGAGUCCAUCCAAAAUUAAAUUUUAAUAUAAACAUAAUUCCUAUCAUACAUUUGAUUAAAUAAAAUUACAAAAAGAUAAAUUUAACUGUUUUUUAUAGGAAAUUAAUGAAAAUCUCCUUUUUUUAUUAUUUUAUUAUUCAAACGUUUAAAAUACAAAUUAAAUAUUUCAAAAAUAGUAAUACGAAUUUAAAAUACUGACGUUGACAAAAUGGAAUCACAUUUAAAUAUAGAUGGGUACUCGUGAACCAUUCGUUUUUAUUUUUCAAAAGUUCAACCUCUUCGAAUAAUACCGGAAGAGGGCAAUCGUACCCCCCUACCACCAAAAUUCCGCCUGUAGUUCAUUGUACACAGCAAUAUUCUGCACACUUUUAGUUAAAUAAAAACUUAAAAUCAAUUAUACUAGCUUUAACGUGCAGACCAUAAUAUAUUAACAGAUAACAUCACAUUAUAAUAAUCGCGUGUGAAAUCAGUUGCGAUUAGUAAUAGAUUUGUUGAUUGUAUUCAUGUGUGUACCGAUAAAUAAUAUUAAGUACAUAAAACUUGUUUCAUUCAACAUAAAACAUGUUUUUCCAUAUUUUUUAAAUGUAUCGUUUUAUUUUUUUUUUAAGCCAGGCGCAAUAACUGUAGUAAAUUGAUCGUGUUGUUUUUAUUUAUUUCAAUAAUCAUUUAAAUUUUAAAUAAUACAUUUUAUAUUUUAAAAAUAUAUUAAUUUUUCCAAAUUAUAAAUUAUAAAGUCUGUGAUUUUUUAAUACAACAACCUAAUUAAAAAAAUUGUCAGUGUUAACCUACUAAAAGUGGGCUGGUUUUGUACUGUAUUUUAUCUAAAGUGUGUGAUUUUCGGAUUCAUUAGUUGUUACCUGUUAUUUCUAUAAUGAUCAUUAUUUUUGUUGUUAAUGUGAAACGCAUCUUUUCGUUAGACAUGCAUUUUGUAAUGUUAUUUUUCUCAUACAAAUUAAAGAGUAUCGGUCAUAUGUCAUCUAUAUAAGUUGUAUUGUACAAUGGUCAAAUUGGUUCAAAACAACUUGGGAAAGGUUAUUUUAAAAUUUAACUAUACACAUCACAUUAUUUUUUUUUUAAAAAAGAAUGUAUAAUAAUAUUAUAUUUAUAAUGACACAUUUUUUGUUUACUACAACAAUUAUAAUGAUGGACAAAUAGUUUUGUAUGUUUUCAUGAAAACAUAAAAUCACUCGUAUAUUAUUUUAAUAAGUAGUUAAAAAUUACGAUUUUAUUUAAAGUGAUAUUUUGACAAAUGUAUAACAUGCGGAUUAAUGAAAAACCAUUUCGACCACUGUACAAAAUAAAACUACAUUGUAAAUUAUUUUUUUUUUUUUAGUUAAACCUACACUUUAAAACACCCAAACCCAUUUUAUCAAAGGAUCUUUUACAAAGGAUAACAAAUAAGGACAAUUUGCUAGUCUAUAUAAUUAUUGUAUAAGCUACGUUAAAUUAAUUAAGCAUAUUGUACAUAAUAAUAUGCAUCGCACAUAUUCCUCAUGUGCGAUGCCACGAGAGUUUUAUGCUAUGUAAUUUAAUGGAAUGUAUAUACUUUUAAAAUUACGUAACAUAUUGAUGAACAAUUAUGUUUGUAUGUAUAUAAUAAUGAUAAUAAAUACAGUUGAAAUACAAUUAUUAUAAAA